AACACACUCAUUUCUCUCUUCUUUCCUUUGCCUUUCUCUUGUUCCAACUGUCUCAAGAAUUCUUUAUAUCCAGCUUCGUCACCAUCCACUCUUCACUCAGCGCUCUUUACUCCGAACUAACUUUCUUUCUUUUCUUUAAUCUCUAUCACUUUCUCACCAACUUAUCAGUAAUAAUUCUAUAUAAACCCCCCUAAACAUCUCCCUAAUGGCUGAAGAGAAUGAACACACACCAAAAGAAGCUGAUCAUGAUCAUGAAGCCCAGACAAAGAUAGCCGAAGAAGAGUCAUCAAAAAAGAAAUCAGGAAGAGGAUCAGAAGAAGGUGCCGGCAUGACUUCUGACUUAAAAUCCGGUGGUGAUUCUCGUAAACUUACUUGCUCAGUCAUACUUAUUUUUCUUCUCUUAGCAGGUGUUACAACACUUAUAGUAUGGUUAGUAUAUCGUCCUCACAAGCCAAAUUUCACAGUAGUCGGUGCUGCAAUAUAUGAGCUAAACACAACAGCACCGACACUGUUGACAACAUCCAUGCAGUUCACAAUUGUGACGAGAAAUUCAAACAAGAGGGUAUCUAUAUUUUACGAUCAUCUUUCAGCUUACGUUUCGUAUCGUAAUCAAGCUAUAACACCACCAGUUAUGUUACCUGAUCUGUUUCACGAUAAGAAAACUACGGUAGCUUUGUCUCCGAUACUAGGUGGAGGGGUGGCGGUUCCGGUUUCGCUUGAGGUUGUGAAUGGUUUAGUUAUGGAUGAAGCUUAUGGUGUUGUUGGAUUAAGAUUAGUUUUGUUGGGAAGAGUAAGAUAUAAAGCUGGUGCAAUUAAGAGUGGGAAGUAUGGUGUGGUUGUGAAAUGUGAUAUGUUAGUUGGUUUUAAGAAAGGGUUUUUAGGUCAAGUUCCAUUACUUGGAUCUCCUGGUUGUCAUGCUGAUAUAUAAACAACAUUUUUUUUUCAUAUGACUGUAAGGUCUGUAAGUUAGUUUUUGCAUAAUUUCUCCGUCUUCUUUCUUUUUCUUGUUCAUGUUAAUUAGCUUCUUUAUAUAUAAUUAUGUUUUGUUCUUGAUCAUAAGGUAAUUAUUUCUAGCU